CUUCGUGUCAAUCUCCUCAGCGCCAUCAGACAUUCUCUCCUUGUGUCUUGUCGAGCGCCAUGACCCCCAGCAUGUUGCCAAUCGCCAUGGCGGACCUUCGGGCCAGCCUUCCUUGGGCCCUGGUCAUCGCCGUCGUGGGCUAUUCCAUCGCCAGAAUCCUGUACAAUCUCUUUCUCCAUCCUCUGCGCCACUUUCCCGGCCCCUGGUGGGCGGCCUGCUCCCAUCUGCAUGAGUUCUACUUUGACGUGAUCCAACGCGGCAUGUUUAUGUGGCAGAUCGAACGCAUGCAUCAGCAAUAUGGUCCGAUUGUCCGCAUCAACCCUCGCGAAAUCCACAUCAGUGAUCCAACCUUCUACAAUGAAAUCUACGCCGGGGGCAGCCGACGACGCGAUAAAGAUCCCUACUUCACCCCGGCAUUCUCGGCGCCCUUGUCCAUGGUAGCCACCAACGAUCAUGACCACCAUCGCUUCCGACGCUCCAUCCUGAACGGCUUCUUUUCCAAACGAUCCGUCCUGCAACUGGAGCCCAUGAUCCAACAGAAAGUGGACAAGUUGCUGAGUCGCUUCACGGCGGCCCAUGACGACGGAGAUAUCAUCGCCACCGAAGACGCCUACGCUGCCCUAACUGCCGAUGUCAUCUCCUUCUACUCCUACGGCCACAGCUUCAACUACCUCGACCACCCGACUUUCAACAGCAACGUCCGCCGAGGCGUCAACGGAAUGACCCACGUUGUCCAUUUCAAUCGCUUCUUCCCGGUCCUGCUCGGGGUCCUGCGAAUCAUCCCCCUGGAAGUGGUCCGAAAGGUACAGCCGUAUGCGGCGCUGGUGAUUGACAUGAGAAAUACUCUCAAACAAAUGGCAGCCAGCUCUGUGGAAUCGCGUGAGACCAAGGCUAGUCGAAUGACCAUGUUCGAAGCCAUGAAUGGGGAUGAAAUCCCGGCUGUGGAACGUACCAUUGAACGGUUGACCGAUGAAGCCCAGAUCCUGAUUGCCGCAGGAACAGAGACCACCGCACGUGUCCUGGUGAUUUUGACUUAUUAUCUCUGCCUGCAUCAGGAUAUCCUUCUCCGACUGCGAAAGGAACUCUCGAAGCUGGGAACCGAUCGGCCGACCUGGACAGACUUGGAGAAUGUGCCCUACCUGAGAGCGGUUAUCAACGAAGGUCUUCGCCUGUCCAUCGGCUUGACCAUUCGUCUUCCGCGCAUUGCACCCGAUGAAGACCUAGUAUACAAGAACUGGGUCAUUCCACGCGGAACCCCAAUGAGUUCAUCAUCGUACCUCAUCGCCAUGAACCCCGAGCUCUUCCCAAACCCCAAAACCUUCAACCCGGAUCGCUGGCUCGAGGCUGCUGACAAAGGAGAGAACCUGACUCAAUACCUGACCAACUUCACCAAGGGCAGUCGGUCGUGCGUGGGGAUCAAGUAGGGCCUUAGCAUACACCCUAACUUACUCAUCGGGGACAGGACUAACGGAUCUAGUUUGGCCUACGCGGAACUCUAUCUAACCACUGCGGCGGUAGUGAGUCGUCUGGACAUGGAGCUGUGCGACACUGCCAUUGAGAAUAUCUGGCCGCAGCGGGACUUUGGCGUUGCUUUUACCAAGGAUGAUUCAUUUGGGGUCAAGGUGGUGGUUAAGAAGGCCUUGCAUUAGCUCGAGGGUGAGUAUGUUCAGGAGGUGAUGAGAAUUGGUUUGUUUCAUGCCGGGUCAAGUAGCGAAUAAUGGCUGCUGACUAUCUACUAUGGUUCAUGGGAUGUUAUGGACGUAAUAUGACCCCAAUGUUGUUAGGUCUUCAUAGUCCAUAAUCUGACUACAUGU